AGAAGAGGAGGUGUUUGUCUUACUUUGUGGUGAUGGUGUUGCCGACAUUUUUAGGUGCUGAGGCCACAUCCCUGCUCCAAUUACCGACCUAACCCAGCCGUUAACUACCCAAACCUUCCUUAAUAGUCCCCUCUGUUGACUGGCUCCGUGGAUGACUUAGGAAGAAGUUAUCAGCCAUAGGAAUUCGUCACCAUCCUACCUGUGACCUUGAAUUUCCAGUUGGACAGGUGCAUAUUUCUCACCUGUAGUUGCAGUCAAUGUGUCGGGGAUGUCGUUCCUGCGCGGUUCGGCCAACUAUGUGUGGUGCACGACGUCGGUGCUGGGCAAGGGGGCGACGGGGGCUGUGUUCCAGGGCGUCAACAGGCACACCGGUGAGCCCGUGGCGGUGAAGACGUUCAACCAGCUGUCCCACAUGCGGCCACACGAGGUGCAGAUGAGGGAGUUUGAGGUGCUGAAGAAAGUCAACCAUGAGAGUAUCGUCAAACUUCUGGCCAUUGAGGAGGAGCAAGAGGGCCGAGGGAAGGUCAUUGUGAUGGAGCUGUGUACGGGCGGGUGACUCUUCAACAUCCUAGACGACCCGGAGAACAGUCACGGGCUGGAGGAGGGAGAGUUCAUACUGGUGCUCUCACAUCUCGCUGCCGGCAUGAAGCACCUCAGAGACAACAACUUGGUGCACCGUGAUCUCAAGCCGGGCAACAUCAUGAAGUUCAUCGACAUCGACGGCUCCACCAUCUACAAGCUGACGGACUUUGGCGCGGCGAGAGAGCUCCAGGACGACCAGCAGUUCAUGUCUCUCUACGGCACAGAGGAAUACCUGCACCCAGACAUGUACGAGCGAGCCGUGCUGAGGAAGCCUGUUGGGAAGACCUUUGGUGCUCGGGUGGACUUGUGGUCGAUAGGUGUGACACUUUACCAUGUGGCAACGGGAAUGCUGCCCUUCCGUCCCUAUGGUGGGCGCCGCAACAAGGAGACCAUGUACCAUAUCACCACGGAGAAGGCGCCGGGGGUCAUCUCAGGGGUGCAGACCUCGGAGAACGGGCCCAUUGAGUGGUGCACGUCCUUGCCGGAAACCUGUCAGUUGAGCCUGGGCCUGAGGAAGCUGGUGACCCCUCUGCUGGCCGGUCUCCUUGAGGUUGACCCGCAGCGUAUGUGGAACUUCGAGAGGUUCUUCCAGGAGGUGACGAUGAUACUCAGCCGGAAGGUGGUGCAUGUGUUCCUGGUCAAUAAGGUCCAGCCACUCACUGUCUACAUGGACCCAGAACAUAGGUAUGAGGAGCUUCAGUACCUCGUAUGUGAGCAGACAGACAUGAACCCGGUGAACCAGCUCCUCCUCUACGACAACAAGCACUUCAGUUCUGUGGUGGCCAUGGACCAGCCCGCCUCCUCCUACCCCUCCUCCACCCCUCGCUCCCCCCUGGCCCUCUUCUCUAAGCAGGACGAUGAUGUUACGCUUACCUUGCCUGAGACACCUGCGGUCAAAUUUGGCAGCUUCCCGGCGUUGGUGAGUGUGGAGCAUGACGCCACGGUAGGCAAGUCCCUCUGUGCAGUUGGCCACGCAGUCAAGCGCAAGAUCGAUUACUUUUCGAAGUGCGUCUUUCUCAUUGAAUACAGCGUCCUUAUGUUCAUUGAGGUCAUCGUGCAGGAGCUGACGAGCCUCAAGUCCCAGCUGGCCCACGUGCAGGCCCUCACCGCCGCCGUGAGUGACCGCUUCAGCCAGCUCGUAGCCAACCACCGCAGGUUCCUCAUGCUGACCCAGAUGUGCGGCGGCAACCAGGACGUCUCAACCCAGGCACUGAGGGAGCGUAUGGAGGACCUGGUCAACAACAAAGUGGAUACGGAGAAAGCGAACCACUCGCACCCUUCGCCCGGGAGGUUGGAGGAGCUGGUGCAAGGUGCUGGGGCGGAGGACAGGGGGGUACGUGACUCCCUGAACGCAAUCGUCCCCAUGGUGAACCAGCUGUUCGAGAGGGUGGUGAGCGGCGGGCAGCUGCGGCGACAGUGGCAGCAGGUCAGGAGCGACGCAGCGGCGGUGGAGCGAGCGCCCAACAAGGCCGCCACACUAGUCAACAAGCUGAGGGAGUCCUGGCAACACCUACUCAGAGACAGAGCUGCCAGGACCUUGACUUUCAACGACGAGCAGUUCCACCUCCUGGAGAAGAUGAAGAUGAAGGAGACUGCCAAGAGCCUGGAGACACUGCUGGCCUCGGUGACGGCCACGCUCCACGGCACCACCGACCACCUGGCAGACUGGUGCAAGGUGGCCAAGGUACAGCGCGUCCAGACAGAGAUUGAAAAGGCAGACGUUGAGAAGCACGAGGCACUCCUGGCCACCUUCCAAGCCACACUGGGGGACACGGAGGAGAGCUACCACCUCACCCUCUCGGAGCUUCUGGCAUCGAUAAAAGACAGAAAGCUGCAGGACGACGCCAGGCUUCAGGUGGAGGGCGGCGAGGAAAGCAGUGACACCCGCAGCUCCAUUAGAACGACCGACUCCAAGGACACGAAGAAGGCCAAGAAAGACUCCAUCAACCAUUCCAGAGUUAGAGUAUCGUUGCAGGAGAUGUUGGAGACUCAGGAAAAGGCGAUGAAGCUGGUGCAGGAGAACGGGACAAUACUUGAGAGGUUUGGGCGCCUCACAGAGCUCACCAAGCCCUGAGGAAGGUCACCACACACACACACACACACACAUACACACAGACACAGAC